ACAGCGGUUAGAACCGGUUUUACAUUGCCGUAAGGAACGUCACGUCCGGCUACGGGGUGUUUGUCUGAGUUUUAUGAUCCUAACUUGACUUUGGACUUGAUAUCCAAGGGCAUGAUUUCUCACAGGUCUGCUCCCGACAGGAGGAAAAUGGCCGCCAUGCCGGGCGAUGGGAAAGAAUCGGAGCUGACUGAGAGGAUAGAAACCUUCAUGGGGCAACUCAGACAGAGACAGACCCCAGGUUCCUACAAUGUUGCCUACACCACUCUGGACAUCCUCCGGAGGGUCGUCUCACAGACUAGAUGGCAGACAGCAAAAGAUUUGAUGGUUAUUGUGAAGAGAGAAGGCAGGAGACUGGUCAGCGCUCAACCCUCCGAGACUGUGGUGGGAAACAUGAUCAGAAGAGUUUUGAAGAUCAUCAGAGAGGAGUAUGCCACAUUACGAGGGCAGAAUGAGGAGGGUGAUCAGGAGUCUCUACAUAAACUGCUGGUUGCAGGAGUAGAAGACGAUGAUUACAGUCUCAGUCUCCAUGGACUGAAGCCUGCUGUCAUAGAGGCCAUUAAUGAAAUGAUGACGGAAUUGGAAAGCAGUGCAGACAAUAUCGCCAUGCAGGCACUAGAACAUAUCCACUCUAACGAGAUCAUCAUGACAGUGGGGAGAUCUCGGACUGUGGAGUCAUUUCUUAAGAGUGCUGCAAGGAAAAGAAAGUUCCAAGUGAUAGUUGCAGAAGGGGGACCUUUCUACCAGGGUCAGGUUCUGGCCAAGAACCUCGCUGAGAAGGGAAUCGAGACCGUGGUGAUCACCGACUCCGCUGUGUUCGCCAUGAUGUCACGGGUCAACAAGGUCAUCAUCGGAACUCACACUGUCAUGGCAAAUGGGGGGUUGAAGGCCAUCAAUGGCAGCCAUGGAAUAGCUCUAGCUGCGAAGCACCACUCAGUACCUGUGAUUGUCUGUGCUUCCCUGUUCAAGUUGUCACCACAGUUCCUGGUUUCAUCAGACCAGGCUGCUUUCAACAGAUUUGUGUCUCCGGAAGAAGUCUUGAGUUUUUCUGAAGGAGACCUGGUGUCCAAGGUUCACAUUCCCAACCCAGUAUUUGACUACGUCCCACCAGAACUGGUCACCCUCUUCAUCUCAAACAUAGGAGGGAAUGCCCCGUCCUACGUGUACCGACUGCUGAGUGAACUGUACCAUCC